AGUCGUUAAAUGAAAAUUAAGCUUUUAUCAUUGAGCAAGCAUCAGAUACAGAUUUAUUUUAAAUUCUGGCAAACUUCUGGCUUUCAUCAGUUAAACGGUUGCCUUGGUAUGGACCUGCAGAAUGUCAUUUGAUUGGUUAAUAAAAAGUCAGAGGUGUCUAAAUACAAAAAUAAGAGUAUAGUUAAAAAUUAUAUUUAAAUUGAUGAGAAAAAAAAUCAUUAAACUUUCCAAUCAUCAUGAAUGACGUUAAUAAAGUGCCUAUCAAAAUUGUGAAAAAUAUUUAUUGGUCCCAAUGGCUGGUAGCUUCGAUCGCUUGCUUACUAUUGAUUGACAAUGGUUUAACGACCGGAUGGGUUUCGCCGUAUUUGGCACGUAUGACGUCAUCCACAUCGGACAUGAAAAUUAAAUUAACGGACGUCGAAGCAUCGUGGGUAGUUUCUAUAUUCAACAUUGGACGAAUAAUUGGUACCAUAAUAACGGUACCGAUGCAAGAUAUCAUAGGAAGAAAAAAGUCAUUGCUGAUAUCAAGCGUGCCAUUAUUUUUCACAUGGAUUUUCUUCACUAUUGCCAAUUCGGUUUCUUGGAUUUACGCCGCCCGACUGUGCGGCGGGAUAUCCUCGGGCAUUUUAUGGUCGGUGCUGGCGGUGUUGCUGGGCGAAAUAGCAGAUCCUGAAAUUCGUGGUGCCGUGAUCUUUCUUAACGUCAAUGCCUGCUCUGUUGGGACGCUGAUUGGAAAUAUAAUGGGCCCCUACGUGUCACUGGAAGUCUUCAGUUACGUCUGUCUGAUACCCAUAAUCCUUUUCGUAGGACUUUUCAUCCUUCUACCGGACUCACCGUAUUAUUACAUGGAACGCAAGGACGUAGAGAACGCCGAAAAGUCCUUGAAGUGGUACAGACGUCGGGAGGACGUCAAGAAGGAGCUGUGCAUGAUACAAAAUUACGUUGAGGAAUCCGUAGCGAGUAACACGUUCUUGAGCAAAGUGCAGGAGAUGUGGCAGCCUGGAAAUCGAAAGAGCGCCAUGAUACUUCUGUCAGUGAAUCUCUUCAUGAAUAUGGCUGGAGUAAAUACGUUAAAUUUGUAUACCGAAAUCAUAAUGAAAAGAAGCGGUAUAAGCAUGACGCCAAGCACGGUUGUCAUUGUCAUUGGCGUAGUCAUUGUUCUCGCUGGAAUGAUGUCAUCGAUAUUUGUUGAUCGUUUUGGCAGAAAAUCACUCUUAAUCGCGUCCAGCUUGGGUGUUGCCGUUACGCAUGCUCUCCUUGGAUUACAUUUUCUAUUGUUAUCCAUUGGAUAUGACUCUAAUGAUCUCACGUGGCUACCGAUCAUCACGAUGAUCUUGCUCAAUGUGUUUUUGUAUUUCGGUCUUUAUCCUAUACCGUCUGCCUUAGUCAGUGAAAUGUUCACGUCCAAUGUUAAGACUCUUGCGUCUUUUGGCACGGCUUUCUCGUCGUCGAUAUUUGCUUUUAUUAUCAGUAAGACCUUUCAGCCAUUUUUAGAUGUCGUCGAGGAACAUUAUGUAUACUGGACUUAUGGUGCUAUUGUAUUCCUUGGCGUACCGUACACGUACUUUUGCAUUCCGGAAACCAAAGGCAAGAACUUCUUGCAGAUUCAGGAAUUAUUGAGAGAGAAAACUUAACAUUAUCUUUCAUAUGUUAUUGCUUGAAAUCGUUAUUUAGGGUUUGGGGUAGGAUUUGUCAUCCAGAUGAAACGUGGACUAGAAACAGAGUGUGUUAUUCGAUUAUAAAAAUAUUAAUCAUUCUUAUUAUUGAUGUCUUAUGAGAAACAAUGUAGAAACGGGCUUUAGACUGAUUUUUAUUGAACACCCUGUAUUUAUUUAAUUAUUGUAUAAAAGGAUAUAUAAUAAUAAAUACGUCAGAAGGCA